AUGUGGCCGUCAGCUUCCUGGUCAGCACAGCUGUGCGCAGGACUGGCUUUAGCUCUUUCGCUGACCAUCGGCGAUGGCCGCAGAGACUACAAGGACCAAGAGAGAAUGAACUCUGACAUUUCUUUAUGGAUUGACGAACGUCAAGUCAGGAUGUUUAGUGGUAUAUCAAUGCAAGUAUUUGCUAUACAGAAUGGAAAUAUACAGCCAUAUAUACUAGACCCAAACUUCUCACAUAAGCUACCAAUUAUCCCGUCAGAGGUUGGGUAUGUUAAUUUUACAUGGAGAUCGAAAAAGAGAUAUUAUUAUAAUUUCGAUACACUGACGUCUUUUGAUCUUAAGGUUUUAAAAUCACCUAUUUUAUCAAUUAAAACCCAAGGGAGGGUGCCUAAAACGCCUAAAGAAUUCAGUAUAUUUUUGCCGUGUAUGGGCAACGUAAGUGGCGUAGCAACUUUUGAAAUCGGUCUAAUCCUCAAAAACGGACGAGGCAUCCCAUUAAAAGGCACCCCCCUAAGACUAAAUUUAAAAAAGGAAUGCGCACAGAGAGGUGUGUAUUUAGAACGGACAGGUCCAGACCCGGAGUGCGAUAAAAAGUGUGCGAAUCAGGGAUGGUGUAAUAGCGAAAAGAUAUGUCAGUGCCCGGACGGUUAUAUGGGGCAACACUGUAGGACAGCAUUGUGUUACCCUCAGUGUAUGAAUGGAGGAAAUUGCACCGCUCCAGGUGUAUGUUCCUGUCCCCCGGGAUAUCAAGGACGACAUUGUGAAGGAGGUAACUUAAAUGAUUUAGAGCAAUCACCAAGAUAUUUGUUUCUUGUACGUCAAACGUUAUUCGAUCGUUAA